UGUGUUUCUGCCAACGUCCAGCCCCACUACUCAUUCUCCCCACCUGUGGGAUCAGGGGGUGGUAGGUCGUACUUGAUCAGAGGAGAAGGAAGGAUCACUGCCAUAAGGGUAUGGGAAUGGCAUGGAAGCUACAUAAGUGGCAUCCAGGUCAGAUACGGCUUUGUCUGGUCUCGUGUUGCUGGAUACUCCAGUGGUAGUUCUCAGCAAAUUGAGCUGUUUGAUGAUGAAACAAUUAUCCAGAUUUCUGGGAAGUACAGCCACUAUGUGGAAUCUGUCGUGUUCACCACCAAUUUGGGACGCUCCUUGUAUGCGGGCCGUCCUUCGGGUAAUUCUUUCAACCUGUACCCAGAACACCCCCAGGCUGAGCUUGUCAUCCUCAACGGCCGCUGGCAUUACGGUAUCAUCUCAAUAGGAGCACACUGGGCUGUUCUCGAUCCAUCCCAGAUCAGCUACUCAAACAGCACCAGGGCC